AAAUUGUUCAAUAUCCGAGAUGUACUUCAACGAGUUCCACUGCAAUUGAAAAAAAUGUCUGAGUUCAAGCCCCAAAUGCCUUGAGCCCAAACCCUGGCCAUUUGCAGAAGUUGUUGCAAAUGUGACGCUUCUCAAAUUCACUAACCGCUUCACUAAUAUUCCCCUCCCCAAAGAUAUCAUCUCCAUCACUCACUGAUGGAUCCAUCAUGAUCUGUGGGUCCGUCAAGAGCUCUGUAUUGCCUAUUUUGUUGUCAGAGAUGAAGGCGAGCCCACCGGUCUUCACAUAUUACCAACCUGUCAAGCAUGAGCCACAAUCGGCAGGGCGAUUAGAGUCUCAGCCUCAGGCGACUCAAGUGACACAGCAACCCAAAUCAGCACCCGACCCCACACAUAACCAACUCGUCAGAGCGCCGGAGCUUGUGGCGACGGGCAUGUUCAUGAACCCCGAUACGACACGUAUUAUCGCGAAGCGAGUCAUCCUCACGGGCCACCCGUUCAAAGUACACAAAAAAACCGCUACGGUGCGGUACAUGUUCUUCUACCCAGUAUUUCAAGCCUAUUCAGCUGUUCACGAAACAUGGGCGGACGGGACAUAUCCGGGAUGGACGCACGGGUAUUUCAAAACACAUUUCGAUGGGCCCAUCAACCAGAUGGAUACGGUGUGUAUGUCGUUGUAUAAGCGCGUGUAUCCGCGGUGGAGUGAGAAUUGGGCAACGUUUGGUGCGAGCAGCGGGAAGGGUGAUGAGAUGGAGGACAUCAUGUUGAAGGAUAUCGAGAAGAAUAACUAG